AUCUCCAGCCCCACGUAAACAAAUCACACCAAGAUUCCCUGCCAUCGUCAUCAGAAUUUACGAGGGCCUCUCCAGUCUCCCCACCCAUCCACAGGGCACAACCUGACAACAACUAACACCAGGCACCAGCACCCCUCUCUCUCUUCUCCUCUCUGCUUUCUUUUCCCACCCCCUCUCUCUCCCUCACACACUGCAUUGUGCACAGCCAGCCAGCCUCUCCCACUCUCCCACUUUGACUUUGACCCCCUCUCUCUCCCCGUCUCCUCGCGCACCCCACCAAAGCCUGUCCUCUACGCUAAACCCUGCUCUAAUAAACCCUGACUAGGGCAGUAAGGUAGGGUAGGGCAUCCUCCUCCGAUGGGGAACUGCGCCGCCUCCCGGCUCGCCGGCGGCGGCGGCGGCGGUGGCGGCGCGGGAGCCGCUGGGGACCCCGUGGCGGUGUGCCGCGACCGGAAGCGCCUCAUCAAGGCGGCGGCGGACCGGAGGUUCGCGCUCGCCGGGGCGCACGCCGGGUACGCGGCGGCGCUGCGCGCCGUCUCCGACGCCCUGGACGUGUUCGUCGCGCGCCACACCGCGCCGGCGCCGAUUCUCAUCACGCUCCCCACCCCCACCGCCUCGCCUCCCGGGUCCCCCAAGCCGGCCCAGCCGCCGCCGACUCUGCUGCCCCCCACCACGCCCUCGCCGCCGCCGCCGCAGCAGCAGCGGCGGACGGAGGUCCCAGCGGAGGACGACAACUGCGUCUCGCAGACGCCGGAGAUGGGGUCCCCGAGCCCGUACGACUACUACACGCCCACGCCGGCGACCCCGCCGCCGCCGCCUGCGGCGUCGGCGGUCGGCGGGUGGGAUUUCUUCAACCCGUUCUACGGAGCAGAGGAGGUGGCCGCGGCCGUGGCCAUUACCGACGAGGAGAUGCGCGCCGUGAGGGAGCGGGAGGGGAUCCCGGAGCUAGAGGAGGCGGAAGAAGAAGACGAGGAGGAGGAGGACAAGGUGGUGGAGGGAAAUACAAAUACCCCCAAAGAAGAGGCUUCACUUGGAGUAGCCAAGCAGGAAGAGUCUAAAGAGAUGGGCGAUGCGGGGAACAAUGGCGGAGGACUGGAGGUGGCCGUGGCGCAGCCUGGGCGUGAGCUCCUCGCGGCGCUGAAAGAGGUGGAGGAGCUCUUCGCCCGCGCUGCCGAGGCCGGAAAAGAGGUCUCCGGCAUGCUCGAGGCCGCCGCCCGUGUCCCCGAGCUCAAAGAGAACUCGUCAAAAAUAAUUCAUGCUAUCGCAUGGCAUCGGUCUCCAUCGUCUGUUUCAUCAUCAUCAUAUAGGAGCGAGCUGGGAGCAAGCUCGAAUAGUUUGUCAUGGACAGAUAAGAGUGAAACUAAUAAGAGCGACAUAUUUGAUGACUACAGUGGGAUGAAGUCAGGAAGUCACUCCCAGACAUUAGGGAGAUUGUAUGCUUGGGAGAAGAAACUUUAUGAAGAAGUUAAGGCUAUAGAUCAAAUCCGACAAACAUAUGAGAAGAAAUGUGUGCAGCUGAGGAACCAAGAUGCCAAAGGUUCAGAGCUGCGUGGUGCUGAUAAAACUAGGACAACUGUUAGAGACUUGUACACAAGGAUCUGGGUUUCUCUACGAGCGGCAGAAUCGAUAUCCGAUAGAAUACAAAAAUUGCGGGAUGAGGAACUGCAACCACAACUUGUUGAGCUGUUGCAUGGCUUUACGAGAACUUGGAAACUAAUGGUGGACUCUCAUGAAACUCAGAGACAGAUAAUGUUUGAGGUUAACUCCUUUACCUGUCCUGCUUAUGGGAAAUUCUGCAAUGAUGCCCAGCGCCAUGCUACUCUUAAGUUGGAGGUUGAACUUAGGAAUUGGAGGUCUUGCUUCGUGAGUUACGUCAGUGCUCAGAAAGCCUAUAUUGAGGCUCUUGAUGGCUGGCUGUCCAAGUUUAUCAUAACAGAUACCAUCCGUUACUCUCGAGGGAUAUCUUCAAUUGCACCCAGCAGGGCAGGUGCGCCGCCUCUAGUUCUGAUCUGCCAUGAUUGGUACACUACGCUGUCAAAGUUCCCAUACAAGCGGGUGUCUUUCACCAUGAGAAAUUUCAACAGAAGCGUGAGGGUGCUAUGGCUCAAGCAAGGGGAAGAGCAGCAGCAGAAAAGAAAGGUGGACAGCCUUGCGAAAGAGCUGGACAAGAAAAUCACGGCCUACAAGCGGGCAGAGAACAAGGUCAUCGAGACCAAGCUUCUGGAGCACAGGCCAGAGCAAGACGCCAAGCAGCGCAUGGAGCAGCUGUCGGAGAAGAAAGAGACGCUGAACGCCCUACGGAGAAGGGUUGAGGCGGAGAAGGCGAAGCACCACCACUGCAUGCGUGACACCCACGACGUCACCCUCAACGGCUUCAAGAUCGGCCUCGCCAGCAUCUUCGAAUCGCUGACCGAGUUCUCGAAGGACUCCGUCAAGCUCUACGAGGACCUCCUAGCGCUUGCCGGCCCGAAGGACCCAGAGAAGCACACCGACCAGCAGCAGCGGCCCUGUGUCGAGGCAGGGCCGCACUCUUACCCGCACCCGGCAGUCGAUGCUACAUGACUGUUGAGCGAGCAAUGCUCUGUUCUCGGACCUUUGUUGCAUACUUUGCAUUGCACUGCGUCGCCCCAGUUUUUUGGACCCCUAGAAUCUUUUUCUCUAAUGUUAGCUUGUAGAGUAGCAAAGCACCAUGUACGCUGGUUGUUGUUGUUCUUGGGGAGGGUCAUCAUUCUUGUGGGCAUCUGCUGCUUGUAAUUAUUCUUUUAGCGUGAUAUCAUGUGAGGAUUCGCUCUGCUGC